AUGCACAUGGGAGAGAAGCCCUAUGUGUGUCAGAAGUGUGGGGAAACCUUUAGUCGGUCUGCCUACCUUCAAAUUCACACGAAGGUUCACAAUUGGGAGAAACCCUAUGAAUGUAAACUGUGCCACAAAACAUUUAGCAGUUCCAGCUCCCUCUGUGUCCAUAAAGGAAUUCAUACUGGAAAGAGACCUUAUCAUUGUCAAGAAUGUGGGAAAACCUUCACCUGUUCCAGUUCUUUACAGAGACACGCCAUUAUUCAUACCGGAGAACGACCCUAUGAGUGCCCCCAGUGUAAGAAAGCCUUCAGUCACGCCAGCUCCUUUCAAAGGCGCAAGCAUAUGCACACCUGA